UUGCAACUGAUUCUUCCGCAAAACUUCGUUAGCUUCUGUGUUCUAGACUCUCCCAAAUUCUCCUCUCCAAAACAGAAAACAAAAACUCUUCCAUCUCUGAUCCUCUCUGAAUAGUUGUGUUUCUGUUUCACCUAGGGUUUUUAUAACGAUUUCUUGUGCUUGUUAAAACAGUGGGAAAAAUGGCGGAAGGAGAUGGCAGGCAGCAAGAAAUGGCCAAAGAUAAGGAACAUAGACUCAGGUAUCUGGAUUUCGUCCAAGCCGCGGCCCUGCAAGCGGUCAUCUGUUUCUCGAGCCUCUACAACUACGCGAAGGAGAACUCCGGCCCCCUGAGGCCAGGCGUGCAGAGCGUCGAGAACACCGUUAAGACCGUGAUAGGACCUGUGUACGAGAAAUUUCAUGACAUCCCGUUUGAACUUCUCAAGUUCGUCGACCGCAAGGUGUACGAUUCUGUCAGCGAGCUCGAACGCCACUUGCCAUCGGUGGUGAAGCAGGCAUCGUGCCAUGCCUUCUCGGCGGCUCAGAAGGCUCCCGACGUGGCUCGUGCCGUGGCUUCCGAAGUCCAGCGCGCCGGCGUGGUGGAGACCGCCACCGGAAUAGCGAAAUCCGUGUACACCAAGUGCGAGCCCGUCGCUAAGGAUCUAUACGCGAAAUACGAGCCAGUGGCCGAGUGGUACGCCGUAUCGGCAUGGCGGUCGCUCAACCGGCUUCCGCUCUUCCCCCAGGUGGCUCAGAUUAUGGUCCCUACGGCAGGUUACUGGUCAGAGAAGUACAAUCAGGUCGUAUGUUAUACUGCGGACAGAGGGUGCACCGUGUUCUCUUAUCUGCCGUUGGUUCCUGUCGAGAGAAUCGCGAAAGUCUUCAGCGAAGAUGCGAAUCAGCCUGGCCCCACUUGCUCUGUCGAUGCACAGUGAUGGAUGGCCCUUUGAUUUGUGAGUGCAUAUGUGACGUUUGUGUAAAAGGAAAAAAAAGGUUAGAAAAAUAACUGAUGUAGGGUUUGGUUAAUUGGUUGUGGUUUGGACUUUGGUGUAACGCCGAGUAACGUCUGUGUACCCUUUUUCAGUGCUAGUAGCCAUCUCUUUUGUUUCGUGUAGUUAGAGGUCUAGAACCUUUGUGGUUCAUGUAGUUACUCAUCCAAUAAGAUUAAAAAAAAAUGUCUUUCUCGGUCUUCAA